GGUAAUCGUGUUCGGACUUGCGAGACGAUAUCGUAGCUAAUGUCAUAGAAAUUCUUUUUCGGCCUCUUUCUUUUUGUGCUCCAAGUGAAUACAAGCAACAUGGGUUUCGCUAACGUUUGGUACUCUCAUCCACGAAAAUACGGCCAAGGCUCACGAUGCUGCCGCGCCUGCUCAAACAGACACGGUUUGAUCCGUAAAUAUGCAUUGAACAUCUGCCGUCAAUGCUUCAGAGAAUACGCCAACGACAUUGGUUUCAAGAAGUUGGACUAAAUGUAUUCCUGUAAUUCGUAAAAAUUCACCAUUGGAAUUAAUCUAAAUGAGGGUCGAUACCAACUUACCUCCAACAAGAACAACAACAACAACAACAACAAGUGUCGCUGAAAUCAA